AUGGCAUCGUCCUCAUUAUCUUCUCCACAACAAGAACAACAACAACAAGGACAACAAUGGUGGUCGUACGUGUUCUUGCCGUUGUGUCUCUGUUGGAGAAUAUGGCUGUCGAAUCGCAUGCCGAUUAUGGAUUGCGAUGAAGUCUACAAUUAUUGGGAACCCCUCCACUUUUUGCUGUACGGCGGAGGGUUGCAAACUUGGGAAUACGCGCACGAAUACGCGUUACGAACAUAUGUCUAUCUGUAUGUACCAUGGGUACCCGUGGCACGCUUGUAUGAAUUGACUACUAUUGCCAGCUUUAUUCCGUCGUCCUUGUUGGUCGAUUUUCCAAUCCGCUCUUCAGACAACAGCCAUAAUGACAAACUGAUGGUCUUUGUCAUGCUCAAAUCCACACUCGCCGUCACCAUGGCCCUGGCGGAAGUCUCUUUUUGCAAGACACUCGAAACAACAAAGACUGUCUCCCCGGCCGUGGCACGAUGGACGCUCUUUGUCAUGCAGACCAGUGCCGGAAUGGCCCAUGCCAGUGGGGCCCUCUUGCCCUCGACCACCUGGGCCGUGGUUUGGUUGUGGGCGGCCGCCGCCUUUUUGCGUCACGAAAAGGAACGGUUUGUCCUCUUCGCCGUUGCGGCGACUCUUGGCAUUGGAUGGCCCUUUGCCGUACUCACAUUGGUGCCACUUGGCUUGCAUGUGCUACUUGUACAAACCAAACCACCCGAUAACGGGACUCCAGGAGCUUGGGGGUCUCCAGUGCAUGUACAACACGUGGUCAAAUUGUUACUCUAUACCGUCAUGGUGACGGUAUCCAUCCAAGCCGUGGCGUUGAUUGUGGAUUUUCAACAGUACGGUAUUUGGACGUCACCCAAUCUCAACAUUUUUCGAUACAAUGCCCAAAGUGGCGGUGAUGAAUUGUAUGGCGUCGAACCAACAUCGUAUUAUAUCAAGAAUUUACUAUUGAACUUUAAUGGAGUCGCCAUUUUGGCCAUGUGCAGUGCCGUCGUCGUCAUGAUUGCCAUGGCCAUGGGAAAACAACAGAACCAGUCCAUCCUUUUGGUACUGCUGUCCCCGCUCUACAUUUGGCUGGCCAUUCUGGUGCCACGACCGCACAAGGAGGAACGAUUCUUGUUUCCCAUCUAUCCACUCAUCUGUUUCGGGGCUGUCAUCACAGCCGACGGACUCUUGGAUGCACUCUUUUCCGUAUUGGUCAAAAUCGCCAAGGAACCACACUACCGAAUCGCCCUUCAUGGUAUUGUCUGGAUACCCAUGGCAGUCUUGUCCAUGUUGCGCAUUCUCGCCCUCCACAAGUAUUAUGCGGCGCCUCUCUCGAUCUAUGCCGCGCUUCAUUCCGUAGCCACAGACAGUACGACUUCCACGAAAACCAAAGUCUGUACGUGUGGAGAAUGGUAUCGAUUCCCCUCCAGCUUUACAUUGCCGAAGAAUCACGAACUGGCUUUUUUGCCAAGUUCUUUUCGAGGACAAUUGCCGCAACCAUUCUCCCCCUUUGGAAGCGCGGCUGCUUCGCGACGGGUCUUGCAACCCUUUAAUGAUCAAAACGAACACGUACCCGAACGAUACUCCCAGCUACAAGAUUGUUCCUAUGUGAUUGAUUUGGAAACAUCGUCGGAUUGUCGCGUCCCCGCGUCGGCUACCCUUGUGGCCAAGGUUCCCUUUUUGGAUGCCGACAAGACCACAUCGACGCUCCAUCGGACGCUGUACAUUCCGGGGUGGCACGAAACGGGAAGACAAGAAAGUACGGUACUAGUAUAUUCUUUAGCUGACGUUGUGUGGUGUGGUGAAAACAAAGGAACCGCGGAGUGGCUCCUCUCAUGGAUGCAUGUGCGUAGAAUGAGUGAGGCGCACGAGCACGGAUCCUGGCGUAACCAGAGCAAAUCCAGCAUCCCGUAG